GCUCUUUUCCAGUGAGAGAGUGGCAAACCAAAUCUUUGACAGCAUUUGGAUGAUAGAAGAGAGUGACAGCAGCAGACGUGCUAAAAUGAAAACUAAAACUGCAGUGGUUUGCGCCUGUGCCAUCCUCAUGGUUUUUCUUAUAGUUGAAUCUUGGUGUGCUCCAAAGAACAAACUCAUAGCAAGAAAUUGGGGCCCACAAUCAAUGCUAUACCUCAAAGGACGAUAUGGUAGAAGAUAUGCUUCUGAUAGUGAAGAGCAAUAUUACAAGCUUGACCUGGAGGACUUAAAUGCAGUGUUAAAAAGUUAUAAAAAUUCAACACCAGUGAAAUUUAUGAACAUCAAAAGAAGAUUAACAGCUCAAAAUAUGGACAUUAACUACUUGGAAUAGAACA